GUUUUUUUUUUGGAGAAGUGGACUAUUUUAAAGCCGGGAUUCCUUGUUUUUCUUUUUUAAAAACGCUACUGCUUUACUCUGUACCAGAACAGAUUCUGAUACACCGCGAUGGUGUGGGGCUAUCGGAACUGACAGCAGAGUGUACGCUAUCAUUUGGAAACUGCUUGUGGGACUGGUAAAAAAAUGAAAGCUCCCAUUCCUCUUCUGAUCCUGCUUCAUGCUGUUGUGGUCCAUUGCCUGAAAGUGGUGUCAAAGAGAGGCUCAGUGGAAGGCUGCACAGAUUGGUCAGUGGACUACCUGAAAUAUAAGGUGCUUCUGGGGGAACCUGUACGGAUUAAGUGCGCUUUAUUCUAUGGAUAUAUCCGGGCCAACUACACCCAUGCGCAGAGCGCAGGACUUAGCCUUAUGUGGUACAAAAGUGCAGGACACGGGGAUUUCGAGGAACCCAUCAGUUUUGAUGGCACAAGGAUGAGCAAGGAGGAGGAUGCCAUAUGGUUUCGACCAGCAGAGUUGGACGAUGUAGGGUACUAUUCUUGUGUAUUGAGGAACUCCACAUACUGCAUGAAGGUAUCCAUGUCUCUCACAGUGGCGGAGAAUGACACAGACCUCUGCUACAACUCCAAAAUGAGGUUCUUUGAAAAGGCAGAACUAAGUAAAAGCAAAGACAUCACCUGCCCAGGUAUAGAGGAUUAUAUACAGCCAGGAGUGGAGCCUGUACUUGUGUGGUACAAGGAAUGCAAGCCAAAGCAGUGGAGACAAACCAUAGAAAGGAAGAGGGACACUCUGUCCAUCAAGGAAGUACGGGAAGAUGACAUUGGGAAUUACACCUGCGAAUUGCAGUUUGGGAACUUUGUGGUGCGGAGGACAACUGAGCUAUCCGUCACAGCUCCCCUGACAGACAAGCCGCCAAAAAUCCUUUUCCCUUCAGAGAGCCAAAUAAGCAUCAUAGAGAUGGCAAUAGGAAAUCCUGUCAACCUGACGUGCAGAGCGUUCUUUGGAUACAGCGGAGACGUCAGUCCACUUAUAUACUGGAUGAAGGGGGAGAAGUUCAUCGAGGAUCUGGAUGAGGAGCGCGUUCAGGAGAGUGACAUCAAGACAAUCCGGGAGCAUCUGGGGGAGCAGGAAGUUUCCAUCUCCCUGACCAUUGACUCUCUGGAGGAGAGCGACCUGGGCAACUACUCGUGCUAUGUGGAGAACGGCAAUGGGCGGCGACAGGCCAACGUCCAGCUCACCAAGAAAGCAGAGCUGAUGUACACAGUGGAGCUGGCCGGAGGUCUGGGGGCCAUCCUGUUGCUGCUGAUCUGCCUGGUGACACUAUACAAGUGCUACAGGAUUGAGCUCAUGCUCUUCUACAGGAACCACUUUGGCAGUGAGGAUAUAGACGGAGAAAACAAAGACUAUGAUGCUUACCUGUCCUACACCAAAGUGGAUCCGGACCAGUGGAGCCAGGAGACCCGAGAGGAGGAGCGCUUUGCCCUGGAGAUCCUCCCCGACGUGCUGGAGAAGCAUUAUGGGUAUAAACUCUUCAUUCCAGACAGGGACUUGAUCCCCACAGGAAGUUUCACCAAUGAUCAUUUCCAGGAUGACACAAGACUACUUAGAGCCUACAUCGAGGACGUAGCACGUUGUGUGGACCAGAGCAAGCGCCUCAUCAUCGUGAUGACGCCCAGCUAUGUCGUGCGGAGGGGGUGGAGCAUCUUUGAGUUGGAGACGAGGCUGCGCAACAUGCUGGUGACCGGUGAAAUCAAGGUCAUCCUGAUAGAGUGUGCCGAGCUGCGUGGCAUCAUGAACUACCAGGAAGUGGAGGCCCUCAAACACACCAUCAAGAUGCUUACGGUCAUCAAGUGGCGUGGGCCGUCCAGCAACAAGCUCAACUCCAAGUUCUGGAAGCAGCUGCUCUACGAGAUGCCCUUCAAGCGCAUGGAGCCCCUGAGCAUCUCCCACGAGCAGGUGCUGGACGUCAGCGAGCAGGGCCCCUUCAGCGAGCUCCAGACCGUCUCGGCCAUCUCCAUGGCGGCAGCCACCUCCACCGCCAUGGCGACGGCACACCCGGACUUGCGCUCAACCUUCCACAACUCUUGCCACACCCAGAUGAGGCAGAAACACUAUUACCGUAGCUACGACUACGACCUGCCGCCCGGCGGCACCCUCCCGCCGCUCUCCACGCUAGGCAACCAGCACACCUACUGCAACAUCCCCAUGACGCUCAUCAAUGGACAGCGGCCGCAGUCCAAGUCGCCGCGCCAGCAGAGUUUGGAGGAGGCCCACGGCAACAAUGCCAUGCUGCCACUGCUGCCCAGAGAGACCAGUAUAUCCAGCGUCAUCUGGUGACAGAGACGGUGCCAGGCGGGAUAGACUGUGGAUCUAUAUGAUGUCCAUCACAGGGAGGACUCACCACUGGCACUUGGACCCUGAAUGCACCGGAGCCAGAUGGACCUGAAUGGCACUAAGUUACUUGCUGCUGUUGAAUUUGCACCAGGAAACACCAGGGGGAAGGGACAGAAGGGAGGACAGGGCGUCAGAUACGCUGGACACACUGGCGAUAGAGGUGGUGGCAGUUUUUCUUUUUUUGUUUUGGUCCAAUAAGAGCUUUUAUUGAAACUGAACAACAAAAAAAAAAGAAUCAAGGAGAACAUUUUUGUAUGCCUGUAUAAACACUCACGUAACACAAGCCAACACCUAUGAUAAUUUACCCAGAAAGUCAAGGAAUACAGGGUCCUGUACAUAUGUUUUUCUAAUUCUUUGUAGCAUCAGUGUUUGGGACAUGUUUCUUGUUUAUGUUUUAACAUCAGUUGGGACUCUUUUUUUUUAUUAUUUCUUUUGUUUCCGUUUGUACAAAAGUGAAGCAAUGGCCUGUGCGAUGUUUUGGAUAAACCGUUGUUACCUUUAUCUUAAUUUGUUGGCUGGUGUAGUUAAUAAAGCUUUCGUUUUUUUCGGGGGUGGGAGGUAAAAGUCACAGCUUUCAGGAGAUGAGAACGAUUUGGUUUACUGGUUUCACUGCUGCUGUAAGGGUUGAGAAUCUGGACUCAACCAGAAUAUGCAAAAUAUGGAGUCCAGAGAUCGGGGAAGAGAUGGGUUUCCCAAAUCGAUCAUAUUCCAAUGCUUUCAGAAAAGUCAUAUCUAUGAGGGGGAUAUGAAGAAUAUGGUGCUAGGCUUCACGUUUCUUUCACAAUAACAUUUACUUAAAAAAAAACAGCCUUGCUAUUUACCUUAACAGAUGAUUAUUAUCACCGAAAAAUUAAUUAUGUGUAUUAUUUUAUGAAAAAACAAAAGUCUAUUUUUGUAACUGAGGGAUAUUUGCUUAGAGAAGUUAUACCUAUGCUUAGAGAAGUUAUACCUAUAAAGUUUCUGAUGGAAGUAUUUGGGGAAACAUAAUAAAAAAAAACAAUGUUUUGUUAUGUGGAACUGCACAGCUCACGAAAAAUCGAUAGGUCAUUCACUAAAUGUCUUACCCUUAUAUUGCAAGAGGGGGAAAAAAAGUUUAUUUGUAUUUUCAUCAUUAAAAAAAAAGGAAUUUUGACAUUUCAAACACACCGCGGAUUGCAGCUCAUCUGGCUUUUUCUGUUCGCUGAUUGAACAGUCAUUGCAGCGAUUCACAGUUAAUUUAACACAGAUGGAGCUCCGCUGUCACCUGAAGCAUUACCUGUACCUGGUUUCCUCUGUAGGACCAAACAAGGCUGUCCAGGGCUAAACCAUUAUCUCUGUUAUUCAUUUCCUCUUAAAUGACAGCUCUGUUAUUUGUCUGCCAUCCCCCUUCGUCAACGGAAAUGAUUUGUCAGUUAAGUAACACUGUGGGAUAAAUAAAAUAGGGCUUUCACAUCUUGGUUCUGAACUAGUCAACUCGGGCCCUGGCUGCUUGGGACCUAAGGAUCAUAACGAUGAAACAGUUUCAUUCCCAAAUGAGUCGGAACCUCUGAAACACCUUAAAGCAGCUGCUUACUUGAUGCUAAACUUGAAAUGUUAUUAAUGACUAGUUAUUCACAUUAACAAGUUAACAUUAUAGAGGAUGUAAUCAAUUGUAUUUUUGGCCUACUGACCUGUAAUCAUCAUUUUCCUAAAUACCAAUAGCCUUUUAGAAUGAAACCCUUCCCUGUAAAAUGAAUUAAUGCUUGAGAGGCUCAAGAAAGUAUUUAAAAAUGCUAAUUAAAUCCUGGAGUAUAAUAACUACACAAUAGAAAUACUACUUAGAGCAAAGUUAGACCAAAGCAAGCUACAGCGAACCCUUCUCAUUCACAAAACGGUCUCUUUCUUUCACUGAGCGAAGCUUCCAUCGUGAUCUGUACAAUUUCAUCAAAUCAUAAGAAAGAAGAGCUAUUCUCACACGUCCACUCAGACCUGUGAAGGCGGCCGGUGUACUUGCUCCUCCUGCAGCUGUGCCAUGUUAUUUGUUUUCCGAGAAACUAACCUCACACUAAAAUACCUGCAGCAUCUCACAACAUAGAUGUGUUUCAUUUAGUGCCAUAAAAUAUGCAAAGUGAUGAACUUGUAAACAAAUAAAUUAACACAUGUGCCCCCCCUCCACCUCCCACCCCACCCCCAUCUUCUUGCAAUCUGCAGUUAUUGGUUUUUGAUUUUACUUUUACAGAAUAUUUCAGAAUAGGCCAGAAAAUUUGAAGUUUCAAAGUGUUUGCUGUAACCCCUAAAAUCCACUGUAAGAUUGGCAUUUCAGAGGCCUCUUAAUGCGAGAUCUUUCAAUCAACCAAUAGAUUAUUAGAGCUAGGCCUGUUUUUAUCCCCCUACCUAAUGAGAAAUAACUACUUCUGAACAGACGCGUUUGUUGUGCUCUACGACAUGGCAGUGUGUAAAUAUAAUCAAGACAAUGACAUGAUUCAAGAUGAAGACAAUCGAGCCAUAUUCAUGAAACCAAUGGUUAUUAUUCACAAAGGCCUCUCAAAGUAGACACAAUAAUCUGGACUGGAGGUUAACGCGUAGAAUCGAUGAGAUUUUGACAGGAGUUUGGCAUCGGCGCUCCUGCUUUGGGAGGCUGUGUCAAUACACAAGCGUUGGCAUUUUCUAAGUGGGGGCGAUACACAUUUUUGUUUCAUGAUGACUUGAACAUCUCUGGCGACUUGGCUUUCAUGAUGAAGAUGACGACGAGGAUGAAUAACAAUGACAAUAUAUAGCACAGAAUUAUUCCAGGCACUUUCACAACUCUUGAGACGACGUCUCUCCUGUUUCUGAUUUAUUUUCUAUUAUGUAUCUGCAAUGUUCAUUAAAAGAGAUACUGUUAUUAUUAAUAAACCACAUUUAUGGUAAUGUGAUUUCUCA